AUUACUUACAUGAAAGAGAGUCAAAGUGUAUCUCGUUUGUGUUUUCAUGACCACCUAGAGCUUAUUAGUAAACACAAAAAAGAAUGUUUGGGAAUAUCCCUUGUUCCAGGAAAAGAAAAAAACCAAUCUGUGGAAGCCAAAGGGCAAGUUAUAUGAAUUUAUUUUGAUUCAAAAGAGAAAAGAAUCAUGACACUAUUGUUUGGCUGGUAUUUCCAUGUGGCUUCAGUUCAGUUUCUUCUUUAUGUUUUUAAUUAAGUCUCCAGUUUUUUGAUUUUUCUAAAUGUUACACAGUAUGAAUGGCAUCUCCCUGGUUUUGUCUAUUUAUUUAAAACAUUUGAUCUGUGAAAGCAAAGUAAAACUUUUGCCUUUUCAUUUUACCAUUGUAUAUGCACAUGUUCACAGCUGUGGGUAAAGAAGGCUUUAACUUCUAUUUUACAUUACAUUUUACAAUCCCAAAUAUAUAAAGCAAUACAAACCCUGCAGCUUCCAUGCCACGUUAUCCCAUCAUGUACUCUACCUACACACACACAGAAUGUAUUUGAAGUAUAAAUACCAGGAAGUAAGAAAUUGGAACCUAGGGAAAAAUAUUACCAUGAAUAUAUGAGUGUUCAUUUUCAGACUUCUAAUAAAAAUUAGUGCAAGAAAUCAGAAUAGGAAUAAAUAAUUUUGCUAUGGAUAGUUUAUAGAAAUGUAUUAUUUAAACAUCCUCUAUAAAAAUCAACCAAUUAUCAGUUUAUUAUCUUUUAUUAUAUUUUAGAGUGCAGUUUGAACCACUUCAUGUCAAAAAACCGCAUAGAAUCAUUUAAUACAUUUAUCAGCUUUGUUGUCUAGGAAAUACUGUGUAGUAACUAUGAUUAAGUUCCAAAUCUUUUAAUUAAAGAUGUAUACAUUAACUUCAGAUUAGGAGCAUCUGUGCAUAAGAUUAGGCAUACAUAUUUCCUGUUGGAUACAAACAAAAUAAUGAAAUCAAACCUUAAUCGCUCUUUCAAGAUGAAAUGUGACUUUGGUUGUAUGUCUCUUCAUGCUGGGUUUGCACCACUGAAGUCUACUGUGGAGAAAUCGAGACUAGAAAAAUCCUGCCCCUUGAAUUAUGAGAAGGGUUUUUGUAAAAGGUGUGCUGAAGAGCAUCAGAAAAUACUCCUUAGUGACUCGUACCAUGUGGCCAGCAGAAAUCUAAAUCCUGAAGAUGAAGGAAGACCUGUACAUAACAAAGAAAACAAACAAGUAACCCAGAGACUUGAUGAAGGUAUCUAUGAAAUGGAGGCUCUGGAAAACAGUAAAUUUAAUGAGGACAGUGGUUAUUCCUCUAUAUUAAGUAAUCAAUACACUGAUGCAAUAGAACAUGAGGAUAUUAUACCUUUGGCUGGGAAUCUCUGUGAAACACCGAAGCAUUGUCUUAUGAAGAACCAAACCCAAACACAGUUUUCAAAGAAAACUUUGUUGCCAGUGAUCCAUUAUGAAGAAAUGAUUUGCUCAACUUUGAAAAAAGGUGGUAAAAGAAAUCUCAAGUCUUGGGCUGCAGUAGACAAAAUUGUUUUUAUGGGAAAGAUUGAACUUUGCAACCUAAUUGGAAAGAAAAUGGGAUUAGAUAGAAUAGACAUACUUGCUGAACUCUUCCAAAAGGACCUGAAGCAUAUAUUAGCAAACAUUUUAAGGCAUCUUGGUGAGACGGACUUGAUCAAUUUUGCCAAAGUCAGCACAACAUGGCAGAAAAUUCUACAAGAAGAUAAAUGGAUUUUCCAAAUUUAUAGUAAAGCUGUGAAAAACCUUUCCAAUGGUACUAAGACACCAGAGCAUGCUGCAACAAGGGAUUAUGCUCUCUAUCGAGCGGCUUUAGCUGCCAUUCAGAAAGCAACCCCACCAAAAAACUUGGAUAAAAAAAGCACCAGAUCCAAAGCAUCUAAGAACCACAGCAGGCUGAUGGAGUUUUCUGAGGCUGCCAAGACCUUGAAAACCACUGAAAGCCUUAAAGCCUGCCACCGCUGUGGCUCCCCUGCAAAGUAUGACUCCUAUCUACAAAGAGCGAUGUGCAGUCGUGAAGGUUGUGGCUUCGACUUUUGCACAAAAUGCAUGUGCAGCUACCACAGGUCCAGUGACUGUAUGAGCACCAAAUCAGUGAAACUCAGCUCAAAGUUUGAACUGCUUCCCGGGACUAAGAAAAGCAAACACAAUCUACAGCGACUGUGAUCCAUCCAUCCCAAUAGAGAUUGUCAGGGUUUGGGGGUAUGAGGUUAUCUUCAAAGAAAACCAAACAGGAAAAAUGCUUUCUGCUAUUCUGUAUUUUUUAAAAAAGUUAAUUUUAUUACUCCUCUGUGCUACAUGUUUGUGUUAAAAUUCCUAGGAAUCAUUAAAAGAACUAUUCUAAAAACUAUUAAUUUAUAAAUGAAAAAAAAUAAUCUGGAUAUGAAUUGGAAUAACAUUUUAAAUAUUGUCCUGGCAAUUUGUCUGUUGAGCAAAGCAAAAUAGUUUUGGGAAGUAGCCUUCCAUGUGUAACCCUAGCAAUUCUUCAGUGACAGAAGGGGAAGCAUAAACUGUUUCAUUUAAAUUUUUACUCCUCUUCAAAAGUCUCUUAAAAGCAUUUAGAGUAAGAAUGUCAAGUGAGGUGGGUGAUGUCCCUUUUAGCAUAAAAUUAUGAGGGAGUCUAGAUUUUAUGCUUCGCCUCCCAAGGCUUUGCCUUAAUUUUAAAAUGUGAAAGGUCGUAACACCUUUUUCUCUGAUGCCUUACGUUACGUAAACCUUACAUUGUUGCUCUUCCUUCAUUUCUUCAUUCAGGUCUUCCUUGAACUGAGGUGAUAAUCUUUCCAACAUCACAAAAAAAAAAAGUACUGUAUUUUGGUUCUAGUGCUAAAAAAUACAUUGCCAGUUUUUUCCAAAUAAGAUAUUUUUUUAGUAUUUGUAUAUAUUUGUAAAUACUACUUUAAAUAUUAUUCAUGUUUGUCUUGUAAAUGUAAAAAUAAAUUGCUGUUUUCAACCACAAAA